AUAAUUGAAUAGAUUGAUUAAAAAAAUAUUUAAUAAAUACCCAGAGUAAAAAAAGAUUUUAUUUAGAGAUGAAAAGAAGUAAAUGAAAGUGUUUUAAGUAUGAAUAGUAUUCAAUUUUCAUUCCAAAUUUCCAAGGGAGGGACUUUUUUUUAUCAAAAUGAUAAGGAAAUAUUUGUUUUUUUAAAAACUCGUGUGAUGAGAUAAUUUGGAUGAUAAUGUACACGGGAUGCUUUUUCCAUUUAGAGAUAUUACCCGAAAUAGGACUAAAAAGGUUUGAAAAUUUCAAAAUAGAACUGACAUGUUUCUAUUCCCAAAACAGGACUAAUUGGUGUCAUGUUUUGGCAGAACCAGACUUCAAACAUGACAUUAUUUUCCAGACUUGACAAUAAUUACUCCUAUUUUGGGAAUAAAAAACAUGUCAGUCUUAUUUUGGAAUUAUCAAACUAUUUUAGUUCUAUUUCGGGAACUUUCCCUUUUAUUUACAAGAAAAAAGUCAACGAGACCAACACAAAUACUCCGUACUCUCAAGUUUGCAGCGUUACAAACGUGGGCACAUUAAUGAAAAAAACACAGCGCGAAGAUUCGAACAACUGACAACGACCUCCCUCCGACGUUCCCAUGUGAAGUGCUUCCACCACAAAGCGGAUCAUCAUCAUCAUCAUCAUCAUUUCCAAGUCUGUUAUUCUUCACUCUCAUCUCCUUCUUUGCAACAAAAUGGGAUUUUGAAAUCUGGGGUGAGCUCAAGAUGAAAACUUUAGUAGCUGAGUAGAAAUUUUCAUAUUUUUAUAAUAAACCCAGAAGCCGGAAUACUUAAUUUGUUCAUAAUUCUAUUCCGAAUUUGCUUUGCUGUUGUGUUGCGUGAUUAGAUGGAUUUCCCAGCUGGACCCCACUUGAGGGAGAGUCUUUUGUCUAUUGCUCGGCCAUGAAAAAAAAAUCAUAUGUUCUCUUGAAUUUGCUGAUUAAAGAUUUGUACACCAGAGCAAAGGAAUCAGCUUUUCUAAGAAGGAUGGAGAUGGAUGGAGAAUCCAGUGAAACUAAAGGAGAGAUGUGGGCUUUGGAGCAAAAGCUUGAUCAACCCAUGGAUGAGGAGGCUGGGAAGCUGAAAUUCAGGCACGCUGAAAAGAAAUUCUCAUUGAUUUUGCUAUUAAGACUGGCAUUUCAGAGCUUGGGAGUAGUGUAUGGGGACUUGGGGACAUCCCCCUUAUAUGUUUUCUACAACACAUUUCCCCAUGGAGUUGAAGACACUGAGGAUAUUAUUGGGGCACUUUCAUUGAUCAUAUACUCACUCACUCUUAUACCACUUCUCAAAUAUGUUUUCAUCGUGUGCAGAGCAAGUGACAAUGGCCAAGGUGGAACCUUUGCUCUGUACUCAUUACUCUGUCGACAUGCAAAGGUAAAAACAAUCCCGAACCAACACCGGACAGAUGAAGAGCUAACCACGUAUAGCCGUAGCACAUUUCAUGAACAUUCAUCUGCUGCAAAAACAAAGAGAUGGCUGGAGGCAUAUGCAUUCAGAAAGAAUGCACUUCUUAUUCUUGUCCUUGUGGGAACUUGCAUGGUAAUUGGGGAUGGCAUCCUUACUCCAGCUAUAUCAGUACUUUCGGCUUCAGGUGGGAUCAAGGUGGUCCGUCCAGCAUUGAGUAGUGAUGUAGUUGUGCUUGUAGCAGUAUUUAUACUAGUUGGGUUGUUUAGCAUGCAACACUAUGGUACUGACAAGGUUGGGUGGCUCUUUGCCCCAAUAGUACUUCUCUGGUUUCUACUAAUAGGGGGUAUAGGCAUUUACAACAUCUGGAAAUACGAUAUCUCAGUUCUGAAGGCCUUUUCUCCUGUAUACAUAUAUCGGUAUUUUAGGAGGAGAGGGAAAGAUGGAUGGAUAUCACUUGGAGGAAUAAUGUUAAGCAUUACAGGAACGGAGGCACUUUUUGCUGAUCUUUCUCAUUUUCCUCUAGCUGCAGUCCAGCUUGCAUUUACCAUUAUUGUUUUUCCUUGCCUUCUUUUGGCCUACUGUGGCCAAGCCGCCUACCUCACACAAAAUAAAGAGCAUGUCAUCUAUGCAUUCUAUCGUUCUAUUCCAGACAGGAUAUAUUGGCCGGUCUUUAUUGUGGCCACUCUUGCUGCCAUUGUUGCAAGUCAAGCCGUUAUAUCUGCUACAUUUUCAAUCAUCAAGCAGGCGUUAGCACUAGGCUGUUUUCCAAGAGUUAAGGUUGUACAUACAUCUAAGAAGUUCCUCGGACAGGUGUACAUCCCAGAUAUCAAUUGGAUCUUAAUGCUUCUUUGCAUAGCUGUCACAGCUGGAUUCAGAAACCAGAGUCAAAUCGGCAACGCUUACGGCACAGCGGUGGUUAUAGUCAUGCUGGUCACCACGCUUCUCAUGGUCCUGAUAAUGUUGCUAGUUUGGCACUGUCAUUGGAUCAUCGUUGUCAUCUUCACCGUACUAUCGCUCAUGGUGGAAUGCACUUACUUCUCGGCGGUCCUUUUCAAGGUCGAUCAGGGAGGAUGGGUCCCGCUUGUGACUGCUGCAGCGUUUCUCGUGAUCAUGUAUGUUUGGCAUUACGGGACGGUGAAGAGGUAUGAGUUCGAGAUGCACAGCAAGGUGUCGAUGGCGUGGAUUCUCGGGUUGGGCCCCAGUUUAGGUCUGGUACGAGUUCCCGGUAUAGGUCUGGUUUACACAGAGUUGGCAAGUGGGGUCCCACACAUCUUCUCACACUUGAUCACAAACCUUCCCGCCACACACUCAGUGGUGGUGUUUGUGUGUGUGAAGUAUCUACCGGUCUAUACGGUUCAUGAAGAAGAGAGGUUCCUCGUGAAACGUAUAGGGCCAAAGAACUUCCACAUGUUCCGAUGUGUCGCAAGGUUCGGUUACAAAGAUCUCCACAAGAAGGACGACGACUUCGAGAAGAAAUUGUUUGACAACCUUUUCAUGUUUGUGCGCCUUGAGUCAUUGAUGGAAGGCUGCUCGGACUCUGAUGAGUGUGGACAAAAUGCCUUGUUGGAUGCGUAUUCGAGCACGGACCCCACAGUAUCCUCAGUGAACUCCAUAGUGGCAGUAGAGUCAAUAAGCAGCCAGACAGAGAUCGUCAAUGAGCUGGAGUUCUUGACUGCGGCUAGAGAUGCCGGGGUGGUACACAUACUUGGGAACACAAUGGUGAGAGCUGGGAGAGAUUCUAGGUUCUAUAAGAAAAUUGCCAUUGACUAUGUAUAUGCCUUUCUUAGGAAAAUAUGCAGGGAAAACAGUGCAAUAUUCAAUUUGCCUCAUGAGAGUCUCUUGAAUGUUGGACAGAUUAUCCAAGUGUAACUGCUUGUCCCCCUUGAUAAGAAAAUUCCCUUCUAGCGUGUUUGACAUUGAAUUUUGCUUCUUUAAAAUCGGAAAUUCUUUGUUGUGUCAUGUAUGUACAAGAAUGUGAUUUGUUAGUGUUUGCAUUGGCAUUGAUUCGACUAUACUACGUAUGAAAUAAAGAAAGCAGUGCAUCACACAUGUUUAUAAGUUUAUUUAUGUUUGUAUCUAACUAUCUAUAUUUAGUAAGGAUUUAAUAAGGACUAAAUAAAAACAUAAAAAGUAGAUGCUUG